AACUCUGGCUAAACCUCAGCACGAACGGCUGGAUGAGGAGUGGAUACACAGCUGGGGAGGGAGGGAGGGAGGCUGCAGGGCUCUCCACCAGAACUGCAGCAGAGCCCAGCGAGGCUGAAACCAUGCUUUUCCUUUGGGCAGUGGCAUUUAUUUUAGUCCUGCAGGAGCAAGAUCUUCUAGUUGCUGCAGAUCCUGCCGAUGAGUUACCCGGAAGUUUGGGAAGGGGAAGCUGGUGUGAUGAACAUGAUACGAUCCACGAACGCUUAGAUAUUAUUGAAGAGAAAGUAAUAAAAACAGUGGAGCACCUGGAGUCAGAAGUCAAAUCACUCCUCAACAUCAUCAACGAGACAACAUCGAACAUCCCCAUCGUCCCAGGAACUCCACUUAUAGACAUUUUUGAUGAUACCAGCUGAGCACUGCAAAGACAGAAGACAGGUGAAUGUAACUGUGGUUGUCAUCAACAGUUGCACUUUUGCUCAUUUAAUAAGCUUGUGUUUCCAGAAUUUGUGCAGGGAUGAACAACCCUCAGCUGUAGUUCGCCUUCUGUGUUCCUGUGCUUUAUAAUAAACAGGUAUUUGCUUUUA